AUGGCGGACACUGAGGACGAUGAUUAUCAGAACAGAAUCAAAGAGGGCGACUACGUGGUGUUACAACGAGGGUGCAUCUACAAGGCUGUCCAAAUUCAGCCAAAGACGAAGGUGAUUUUCGAGAAGCAGUGGAUCUUUCUGGACAAUUCUGUGGGGAAUUUGUACAAUACAACGUUUGAGAUUUUGGCAGGUGGCAACCUGCAACCAAAGGAAGACGAGGACACCGAGAGCCCCGCAGACACAAAGGUGACAGGGGCAGACAACAGAAACAUUAUUGAUGACGGCAAGUCACAAACACUGACCAGGGACGACAUCGAGAUACUGAAAGAGAAAAAUCUGAAGCCUACGGAAAUCAUUCAGCAGCUCAUAGAACACAGCUCCACCUUCAAUAAUAAGACCGAAUAUGCCCAGGAUAAGUACAUCGAGAAGAAGAAAAAGAAGUAUGAAAAUGCUGUGACGAUCCUGAAGCCAACUUGCCGCAUCCUGGCUAUGAUGUAUCAUGGCCGCGAACCAGGGAAGAUUUGUCACCUGAGGUAUGACACACUUGCCCAGAUGCUGACUCUGGGAAACAUCCAUGCGGGAAGUAAGAUUCUGGUGUUUGAAACUUGCGCUGGACUUGUAAUGGGAGCCAUCAUGGAAAGGAUGGGAGGCUACGGCUCGGUGAUCCAAAUGUACCCAGGGGGGGCGCCUGUUAGGGCAGGUGUGGAGAGCUUUGGCUUUCCUGCACAGUAUGGUGAUAUGCUGCAUGAGUUUCCCAUCUGCCACGUCAACGCUUUGCUGGCAGGCACCCUGAACACCACUGUCAAGGAACCUGCUGUCGAGCAGAAGGAGCUCAGCACAGCUGCAGAAGAGAAGCAGAAUCAGCCCAGGGCAGAACCACAGGAAGGCAGUCCAGAGGAACAGAGCAUGGAGGCGGACCAGCACCAGGAGAAAACAGACUUGGAGAACCGCAAAGAAUCCAAGGCUCAGGAAAAAAAGGCAAAGCUGAGGGAGAAGCGGAAAAAACUGGCUGCUGCAGCUGCCCUGCUGGAAGGCAGGAAUGCUGACGGGUUGGUUAUAGCGAGCCGCUUUCACCCGUGCCCAGUCCUCCUGGGCCUGCUCAAAUUUCUCUCCCCCUCUCGGCCUUUCGUGGUGUAUUCCCAGUUCAAAGAGCCUCUUAUUGAAUGCUACACAAAACUCAGAGAACAAGGGGGCACGGUCAACCUCCGGCUCACAGACACCUGGCUCAGACAUUACCAGGUGAUGCCAGACCGGACGCGUCCCCAGCUUCAGAUGAGCGGGGGUGGGGGCUACCUCCUCUCAGGGACAACUGUUGCCAUGGACCGCUCCAAACCAGCAGGCUCAUGUAAAGCUGAGGAACCAGCACCAAAGAGACAGAAACUGGAAGAAACUGAGGGGUAA